UCUGCUCGUCUUUCUAGGGUUUCUGAACUUCUCCCUUCUUUGAUUCCUCCCUUUGUUCCCAAGAAUGUUCCAGAGUGGUUGCUGUUUAGUUUCCUAGCAUAUUUUGGCCUUUUCCAGUAUUUUUAUUUCUUUUGUCCUCCUUUCUUUGCACCUGGAAAGAUGAAACCUCGUUUCUUUCCUAGAAAAUUUAGGAUACUUUCUUUCUGGGUUUUCCUUCUUUUUCUGUGCUUUUAAAAACUUCCUCUGGGUUACCAUUAUUAAUCUCUUCAGUAUUUGUAAUUUUUCUUUGCAAAGGUUGAAACUUUCCUCAAUUUUGGUGAGUAUUCGUGUCUUUUUUCCUGAAAAAAAAAAAAAAAAUCUGAUCCUCGUCUAAGGUUACUGAUUGACGUGACUCUGAUGAUAAAGUAGAAGAUGGUUAGAGGAAAAAUUGUGAUGAAAAGGAUCGAGAAUGGAGCAAGCAGACUAGUGACCUUCUCGAAGCGUCGAAAUGGCCUGCUUAAGAAGGCUUUUGAGUUAUCUGUUCUCUGUGAUGUCGAAGUUGCAGUUAUCAUCUUCUCACAAAAUGGAAGACUUUAUAAGUUCUCAAGCUCUGACAUGCAAAGGACCAUUGAACGAUACUCUAUGUAUACAAAAGAAAUUCCAAUUCACAAGCUUGAAAUGGAACAACGCACGCAGCACCUGAUGAUUGAGACAGCAAAUAUGUUUAAGAAUAUUGAGUUCCUGGAAGUUUCUAAAAGGAAGCUAUUGGGUCAAGGAUUAGGCUCAUGUUCUGUUGAGGAACUUCAAGAGAUUGGUAGCCAGCUAGAACAAAGCUUGAAGAACAUCAGGGCAAGAAAGGCCCAGUUAUUUAAGGAGCAGAUACAACAACUAAAAGUGAAGGAGAGAAUGUUAUUAGAAGACAACAAGCAGUUAUGUGAAAAGUGUACUGGUAGUGGAAAAUCAUGGCAGCAACUACUAAUCCAACGGAGGAAUGCAAUAAACGAUAGCGCUCCAAAUAACCAGUGUUCAAAGGUUGUGACGGAAUUGUUCAUUGGACUGCCACAAAAUCGUUAACAUCAAAUAACUGAAUUAUUUUUUGGUUGAAAUUAUUGUGCUGCUCUAAGUAUGUUGUUUGAUCGAUGUAUGCGGUUGGUUAGUCCACUUUUUCUCUUAAUAUUUUCUUCUGUAGUUGUAU